GCUGCUUGCCGCUGGACUCUGAACGCUGCGGGGAGGAUGAGCGGCAGUCUGUUGUGGGUGCGCAGCUUCCCAGCAGACGGCUGCUGCCCGAACAACUUUCAUCCACUGCAUCGUCUCGGUUUAAAGUCUUUUUAAACGCGGUCGAAAAUUUUCGUCCAUUUUCGCCAGGUAAGACCUGUCGUUACCCUAUUUUUUGUCCAUUGCCACAUAUUUCCCCGGUCAGCCAACGACUGCGCUGCAUUUGCGUCACAACGACAGAGCACGUUGCCUCCUUUUUUCUUGUGCUGCGAUUGACAAAAAUGAGCAUGAAAGGACUCGUAAAAAUGUGAAGUGGUUUUGUCGGGGAUUUGGACUGUUUGGGUGGUUCCCUCUGAAAACCGGAGACUUUGGGCGAAGUCUCGUGCUACACUAAGAGCUUAUUAAACAACAAGUUGUCACCGUGACAGAUAACUUGUGAUUUCACCAUCUGGACUUUCUCAAGUUGGACUUGAUGUGACGCACCCCCAAAGGUUUUUUUUUUUUGGGGGGGGGGGUUCUUUUUCAUCAUCACACAUAUGGCGCAUUAUCCUUUUUAAAAGCGCACUCCAGCUCCAGUAUUUUGCCUCUUGGUAGUCCACUUUAAAUGCAGACUGGUCUGCGGUCAACGAGAACACAGCCGAGACGCCGGUGCCAUCCGAUUGUUCAUUCAAGGCUCAAGAGAGGACACAAGUGCAUUGUGCGCCAUUUGCCAUCACAAUGGAGCUGACAUACAGGAUCAUUGGCCUGCUGGGAUGCGUCUUCCUGGACUGGGCUCCUCGGACUUGUGCCGAGGAAGAAGUGCUGAUGAAUACCAAGGUAGAGACGUCGGAUCUGAGAUGGACCAUCUUCUCACGGGCCAAGCCGGAGUGGGAGGAAGUGAGCGGUUUGGACGAGGAGAACAACAGCGUGAGGACCUAUCAGAUCUGUCAAACCGACAGCUCUUUCAGCCACUGGCUGCGCAGCGGCUUCAUCCCGCGACGGGGAGCCUCGCAGGUUUACGUGGAGCUGCGCUUCACCAUGAUGGAGUGCUCCUCCGGGAACAGCCACCACCGCAGCUGCAAGGAGACCUUUAACCUUUACUACUACCAGGCCGACUCCGACGAGGCCACGGACACGUAUCCGCCGUGGAUGGAGAAUCCGUACACAAAGGUGGAUACAGUGGCAGCGGACUUUCUCCUCAGGAAGGGCGGCGAGCGGAAAUCCAACAUGAAGACCAUACGACUCGGCCCUUUAUCCAAGAGAGGCUUCUACUUGGCCUUUCAGGCUCAGGGCUCCUGCAUGGCCUUGCUCUCCGUCAGAGUUUUCUUCAAAAAGUGCCCCCCCCUCGUCAGCGCUCUUUCCUCUUUCCCCGAGACGGUCCCACGCACUCUGGUUCAGGAGGCGCAUGGUGUGUGCGUGGAGCACGCCGCGCAACAGGGCCCCCGAGCCCGCUCCCCCAAGCUUUUCUGUGGCGAAGACGGCCAGUGGGUGGGCCAGCCGACCACCUCCUGCGCCUGCGUGCCCGGAUACGAGGCCGCCGAGGGACACACCAGAUGCACAGCUUGUCCCGUGGGUCACUUCAAGUCCAGCGCGGAGGGACAGUGCACAGUCUGUCCGGGAGCGAGCCACGCCUCCAUCAGAGGGGAGUCCGUAUGCGUGUGUCGGCCCGGAUACUUCCGAGCACAAUCCGACACCCCCGACGCUCCGUGCACGAGGCCUCCCUCAGCGCCGCGCAGCAUCGCCUCCCAGAUUAACGGCACGUCGCUACGAUUGGAGUGGAACGAGCCUCUGGACAACGGCGGCAGAGCCGACCUGAGCUACAGCGUCAGGUGCCUCAUGUGCAGAACGCCCAGGGGCUCGUGCGUGUCCUGCGGCGACAGCGUCAGCUACCGGCCGGCUCAGCACGGCCUGACCAGUCGGCGGGUGGAGGUGUGGGGCCUGCUGCCUCACACCACGUACACCUUCGCCAUCCAGGCUCUGAACGGGGUGUCCCAGCUCAGCGGCAAGGACCCCUCCAGCGAGGGCGUCAACAUCACCACAAGCUAUGACGUACCGUCGCUGGUGUCUGUCAUUCGCAAGAGUGACUCCACGGAGAGCAGCUUAACCCUUCACUGGUCCGUCCCUGUGCAGCCCCACUACACCAUUCUGCAGUAUCAACUACGCUACUGUGAGAAGGAGCGGCGCAGCGAGGAUCCGUGCCACUUCGCCGAGAGUAACAGAAACCAGGCCGUGCUGACGGACCUUCGCAGAGCCACUCAGUACGAGGUGCAGGUCCGGGCGCGCACCAUGGCCGGCUACGGAAGCUUCAGUCCCGCGGCGGUCUUCCGCACCCUGCCCGACGGAAUCGACUCUUCCACCCAGUUCUUGGUGCCGGGCAUCCUUAUCGCCAUCGGGAUGCUGCUGCUCGUCACUUUCAUCUUUGUGGCCGCUUACUGCAUACGCAGACACAGCCGCAUGAAGGACCCAGAAAUGAGCGACAAAAACAGCCAGUACUUUGUAGGCCAAGGGGUCAAGGUUUAUAUCGACCCCUUCACCUACGAGGACCCCAAUGAGGCAGUGCGCGAAUUUGCCAAGGAAAUCGAUGUUUCCUUUGUCAAGAUUGAGGAGGUCAUCGGAGCCGGAGAGUUUGGCGAGGUGUGCCGAGGCCGGCUGAGGGUGCCCGGGAAAAAAGAAAACUACGUCGCCAUAAAGACGCUCAAAGGCGGCUACACCGAGAAGCAACGGCGCGACUUCCUGUCCGAGGCGUCCAUCAUGGGCCAGUUUCAGCACCCCAACAUUAUUCACCUGGAGGGCAUCAUCACGGCCAGCUGCCCGGUCAUGAUCCUCACAGAGUUUAUGGAGAACGGCGCUCUGGAUUCUUUUCUGCGGCUUAACGACAGCCAGUUCACGCCCAUCCAGCUGGUGGGGAUGCUCCGCGGCAUCGCCUCGGGCAUGAAAUACCUUGCGGAGAUGAGCUACGUCCACCGAGACCUGGCGGCCCGCAACAUCCUGAUCAACAGCAACCUGGUGUGCAAGGUGUCCGAUUUUGGUUUGUCGCGCUUCCUGCAGGAGAACUCCUCUGACCCAACCUACACCAGUUCUUUGGGAGGGAAGAUCCCAAUCCGCUGGACAGCGCCGGAGGCGAUCGCCUUCAGAAAGUUCACAUCAGCCUCGGAUGUGUGGAGCUACGGUAUCGUCAUGUGGGAGGUCAUGUCUUUUGGAGAGAGGCCCUACUGGGACAUGAGCAACCAAGAUGUAAUCAACGCGAUAGAGCAGGACUAUCGGCUGCCCCCGCCGCCCGACUGCCCCACCCACCUCCACCAGCUGAUGCUGGACUGCUGGCAGAAGGAUCGCUCGGCGCGGCCUCGCUUCACUGAACUCGUCAGCGCUUUGGACAAACUGAUCCGGAACCCUGCGUCGCUGAAAAUAGUCGCCCAGGAGGGAGCCGGGCCUUCCUACCCCCUGCUCGGCCAGCGGUCGCCGAUGGCCCUCUCGUCCUGCGCCUCGGUGGGCGAAUGGCUGAGGGCCAUUAAGAUGGAACGCUACGAGGACAGCUUCUUGCAAGCCGGACUCGCGACUGUGGAGCAGCUGGGCCAGAUCACGACACAAGACUUGCUACACAUGGGCGUGACUUUGGCCGGCCAUCAGCGGAAGAUCCUCUCCAGCAUCCAGACCAUGAACUUCCAGAACAAGAGCGCGGCACCCGUGACCUUCUAGCUUGCCCAGACACGGAUGUCACAAAGUCAGCCUGGGGCGCUCUGGAUCCUCUCUCGUGACUUACUUUGGGCCCGAAGCGACAUGUUGGACAAAUGUAUUACGAAUCACCCGGGGGGGGGGGGGGGAUCUAUGAGGUUUGCCUGGAUUUUAAUCAUCACAGACGACGACACGUGCGGGAGGACUGCUCGCGAAGUGGGCCCUGCUUAUGUAUCGAAGAAGGACACCCCCCCCCACCCCACAGCACCACCACCACCCCCAUUUCAAGUGCCAUGCGGAGAAAGAACACAGUGAUGAAAAGCAGCUGCUUGUCAAAUGCGGCAAAGAAGCUAAAGGCCAAUGAAAAGGUCUCACACUAAUUCACACAAGAACCGCUCCACACACGUCUGCUGCCCUCUGGAUCGCAGCUUUCAUAUCACCAACCGAACACUUGAACAGUGUUGGGGUUUUCGACCCCCCCACUCCCCAAGCCCACAUUCACUCAUUUGAUUUCAUCGCAAACUCUCUUUUACUCAGGUGUGGCGUGUAAAGCGGGCUUUGCCGUGCUCGCUUGUCAUCAUAACUCCUCUCAUCCUCCUCCGUCUGGCUUCUAGCGCGGAGGAGAAAAACGAAAGACGGCACUUGUCGCAACUGAGGCAAUUCCAAUGUCCUUUGCGACACUGUUUUUUUUUUUUUUUCUUCUCAAGUAGCGGAACAUUUUCCGCAGCAUGCUAAUAUGGAAACUUGAACAUGGACCAAACAUGACCAGAAAGCUCUCUGGCCUCAAAUGUCAGUGCUUAUGUCACAUACAUUAUCUUCCAGUGCCAUUUUAUUUUUUUUUAUUUUUUUUUGGUGCGUGUGAGAAAGUGAUUUUUUUUUUUGUGCGUGUGAGAAAAAGUGACCUUUUUUUUUUUGGAGCAUUAGAAUAUUUUGCUACAUUUAAAUGUACAGCAACUGUAUUUUUUUAUGACAUUAUUUUCCCUUUCAACGUCAUACAUUGUUUCUCUUUUAGCCUCGAGCCGUACAAAAAGUCUUCUUAAGCAACUCGGAUUACAAAUAAUGCCCCCAGUGUGCCGAACGCCCCGGUUUCAGAAUGGAAUGCUGAUAACUGCGCAGAGCUGCCGUUUGAUUAGCGCCACCGGCCCUCUCCUCAUCUUACUGACUACAGGCGCUUGCUCAAGAACAGACUGUAAUUCAUUUUUUUUUUCCCCAACUCCCAAAAUUUUGCAUCUUUUGAAAUGGUAAAGUCUUUCUGGCAUUUAUGGCAAAUUAGUUUGCAUAACGCCCCCCCCAGGAGGCUGACAGCUCUCCAUCCACGCAACGGCCAUGACGGAUAUGAAAAGGCGCGCGCCUUCUUUCUAAAUGCUUCAUUCUCUGGGCCAUAAGACACAAAAAAAUUUUUGUUUCCGAUUUUUAUUCGCACCACUGAAGAUAAGAGAUGUAAUACACAAUGCAGCCCCCCCGCCCACCUCUUUUUUUCCCCCCUCGCCGUACCUGAUGGAGCAGAUUGUAGCGCACAGGAGCUUAAACGCGGCUUUUCUAUCAUCUGGGAUCAUUUUCGGUGGGGCUUUAAGAAGAUUGAGGCACAAUUAACCCGAGGUGAUUAACAAGAAGCCGGCGAAAUGAGGUGCAGGAAACGUGCGGCCAUUUUCCGGCCGCGCUUUUAUAAUCAAUAGAGAGUGGACUCGAGACUGCAAUCAGUGUAGAUCAAAUUGGCGCUUAGUGCGCCGUCUUUUCUAACGCUCAUCUAAAACCACGACAAGCCUUCUCAUCCGAAGCACCGGGGAUGUGACGCAAGUAUGACGGAUGGUCCUUCUGAAGGAUCGUGGGAAAUGGGGUCUUCAUAUUGAAGAUCUCCGUCAACUCCGCUUUGAAAUAAUAGAGUACAAAAAAAAAAAAAACAACGAAAGGUUAUGUUUGAUUACUGUGCUGUGUGUAGGCUACUUUGUAUUCAGCAUUCACAAAUAAAGAUGCUCAUAACUA